AUGGAGGAUCGCAGCGGGCAAGUGCUGGCCGUGGCGGUCCUCUUCUUCGUACUAUGUUGGAUCGCCGUCGGCCUGCGCAUAUACUGCCGCGGCUGGAUCAUACGCUCGCUCGGCGUUGACGAUAAGCUGAUGAUCGGCCUCAUGCUCAUCUUUACCGUCUAUCUCAUCACUCAGAUUCAAGGCGUUCGCUACGGUACAGGUAGACACAGAGUCGACCUCAGCCCUGAAAACUAUCGCGAUGCUCUCAUGUAUUGGUACAUCUGCGAACUACUCUACAUCAUUUGCUCUUGCCUCCUCAAGAUUUCCGUCGGCUGUUUCUUACUUCGCGUCUCCAUCCGCCGCACCCACGUAUGGAUACUCCGCUUUCUCAUGCUCGCCACCGUCCUUUUUGGCUCGACGUACUUCUUCAUGGUCAUGUUCCAGUGCCAACCCGUCUCGACCUUCUGGGAGGAGUCGCCCCGCGUGGAGGGCAAGUGUUUUAGCAACCGUGUCGUUAUCAUCAUGACCUACACUGCCUCCAUCUGCAACUGCCUCGCGGACUGGGGCUUUGGAAUCCUCCCACUGUUCAUCGUCUGGUCGCUCUCACUACCCAAACGUACUAGACUCCUUGCCUUUGGCAUCCUGUCCUUCGCCGCCAUCGGCUCCGCGGCUACGGUCGUCCGGUCGGUUUACAUACCGACCCUCCUCGACGGCGAUGACUUCCUAUGGGCCACCACCGACAUCGCCCUAUGGAGCACCGUCGAGCCCGGCAUCGGCAUCACCGCCGCCUCCAUCGCCACCCUACGCCCUUUGUGGCAGCUGAUAUGGUACCGCACGGGAAUGACGUCCCAGGCUCCCCGCGCCAUUGCCUGGCGAGAACGCUUCCAGGGCAAGCCGACUUAUGUCCGUAGCGAUGGAUCCGACCCCCGCCAGCACCAGCGACACCCCGUGCCAGACGACGCGCCCCUGGAACAGAUCGAGGCCGACAUCAAUGCCGAGUUUCGGACGGAGGCGUCGCGCGUCAACCGUUCUGAAGACGGCUUCAGCUCGUCGGCAGCAACGCGCCGGAGCGGGCUAAGCAAGACUUUUGACACCUCUCAGGGGAGAAACUACCCGGACGGUGAUCGACAGUCCCUGGUCAUACCGCGCGAAGACUACAAUGGCGGGAAAUGGCUGUGUCCUUCCCCACGCGAGGGCCAGGAGGGACACGAAAUCGAGCUCGAUGAGGGCGUCCACAUGACGCCGAUGGCGAGGACCGCGCGCGCGUCCGCCCCGAUGGUGGAUUGGUGCUCCCCGCGGAUGUCGGCUCUCUCUAUGGGCUUCGGACUACCGAGCCGCGACUCAACGCACUCGGCCGCCACCACCUGGGGUUUUGGAAAUUGCGACGGCACAGGCAGGUUAAGCAACCAGGGCCUCGGCGACAGCAACCGCAACAACAACAACAGCAACAGCAAUAACCACAACAGAGCGAGCCGUCUCAGCAACAUCACCCAUGUUGACAACAUUCGGGACAGCAGGCACACGAUGAACACGUACACGAACACUAAUACGAACCCGCGCAACAGCAGAUUUGACCGGUACAGCCGCACGACGCGGGCGAGCAGUCGCUACACCCGCGGAUCGCAGUUCCUGGCGCCGUCGCAACCACCGCCGGCGUUGUCGUCAGAAAACUCCCCGAUGCCGACCCAGCCCCCGAACACGUGGCAGGUCAGCGUCCCCACCGGUAUGAAUUCGGCGCAGUGGCUAUCGUCAAGGAUGGCAGAGCACCCCGGGUAUCCGGGCCGCAGACGGUAG